AUGUCUACACCAGGAGCACCACGGCCCUCACGCCUCAACAAAUGGUGGCCCAUUGGAUUCUUCAUCGGUGCCGCCAUCUGCUUCAUCAUCGGCGGUGCUCUUGUCGGCACAUGGGUCUCCAACUCCUACGAUGACUGCUCCUACAGCAGCUCCUACUACAGCUCCUACUAUUCGAGCUACUCCUGCACGAGCACCAACAUGGGCCAAUUCUAUGCAGCAAUCGCCAUGUUCGUGAUCGGCGGAAUCCUCAAGCUAACUGCUUGGAUUCUCCUGAUUAUCUUCUGCGUCAAGCGCAACCGUUCGAGCAACCACACCGUCACAUACGUCAACUCCCCUCCUGUUCAGCAAACACAGCCUAUCCACCACCCCUACGCUGCGCCUCAGCCCACAUAUGCUCCGCCGCACCAGACUGCCCAGUUCAAUGGUCCUCCUACCUCGCCUGAGAUGGCCCAUGCUGGCAUGACGGGCUCGUCUAUGGCGGGUACGCCCCCUCCAAAGGAGGCUACUGCUACCGCUACUGGCUUCAAGUACUGUGGUCAGUGUGGGACUGCUGUCUCUAGUCGGUUCUGUCCCCAGUGUGGCUCGCAGAGUUGA